CCCUCGACGGUUUGCGGGGUGGAGGGGGGGUGAAGGGGGGAUUUUAAUGUCCCUCCGGCUCCUCAGACGACUGAAAAGAAAAUGUGUCAGCAUUCCUUUAGUGAAGUUGGAGCUGCAGGUGACAUUUAAAAUAAAGAAGAAGGGAAAUAAAACCUUCACAUUUUUAAUCCCUUCUUCCACCGCUGCCGUUACCCCCCCUCCCACCUCCUCCUCCUCCCGUUGAACGCAGCCUCACACCGACCCGGGCCAACCGAGAGCUCCAGAAUCCUAACCGGGCAUCGAGGCUGGCACACGGCGGGGCACCGACAGCGUUCUGGCCGCCCCCGACUGCCCUCCUUGGCCGCUGGUGGCGGGACUCAGCCUUCCGAGACCCUGUGGUCCUGGGCAGAGCGUUAUGGCUCAGACGCUGCAGAUGGCGAUCCCUAACUUUGGCAACAACGUCCUGGAGUGUCUGAACGAGCAGCGGCUGCAGGGCCUGUAUUGCGAUGUCUCCGUGGUCGUCAAGGGACACGCAUUUAAGGCCCAUCGUGCAGUUUUGGCAGCCAGCAGCUCCUACUUCCGGGAUCUGUUCAACGCCGGGGGGAAGAGCUCGGUGGUGGAGCUACCUCCGGCUGUGCAGCCGCAGAGCUUCCAGCAGAUUCUGGCCUUCUGCUACACGGGACGCCUCAGCAUGAACGUCGGAGACCAGUUUCUGCUCAUGUACACUGCCGGCUUCCUCCAGAUUCAACAGAUCAUGGAGAAAGGCACAGAGUUUUUCCUCAAGGUUUCAUCUCCAAGCUGUGACUCCCAGGGUCUGCACGCCGAGGAGACCCCAUCCUCCGAGCCCCAGAGUCCGGUCACUCAGACGGUCGGAGGCGUGGGCGUGGCCGUCGUCGCGGCGCCCGUAGGAAGGCCUGCGUCCUGUCUGACGCCUCUUCCCCUGGUGUCCAAGGUAAAAACGGAACAGACGGCCACUACACCUCAGCAUGCCCCUCAGCAGCAGGAGGGCUCGCCCUACUCUGUGGUCUGCACCCCUGUGGCCAAGCGGCUGUGGGAGGGGGCAAACCGGGACGGGGGAGGAGGGUCUGGAGGAGGCGGGGGAGGUGGGAUGAGGAAGGCUGCACGCUACUCUUCCUCCUCUUCUUCUUCCUCCUCUUGUAACACGGCAACACAGGACCCAUCUGGGCGUGGACCGGCGGCGAGUGCCGCGAUGGUGGGCAGUGGCGGUGCCACUUUAGUGGGGGGAGCUGGACUCAACAGUAACCACAGCAACAACAACAACACUAACAACAACGGCGGGACACCCGAAGGCACGAGCCCGGGAACACUGAGCAUGUACACGAGCGACUCCCCAAUCAGUUACCACGAUGACGAGGAGGAGGACGAGAUCGCGGAUGAGAACGCCGAAGAGCAGUACAGACAGAUCUGCAACAUGUACACCAUGUACAGCAUGCUCAACGCUGGAGCAGCAGUGGUGGGAGAACGGGUGGAGGCGUUGCCAGACCUGGCCCCUGACUCAGGAGGCGGGCGCGGAGGCAAAGGAGGGCGGUCGCGGCAGGACCUGGCAUCGUUGCCCGCCGAGCUCAUCAGCCAGAUCGGUAACCGCUGCCACCCAAAGCUGUACGAGGAAGGAGACCCAGCAGAGAAGCUGGAGCUGGUCAGCGGCACCUCGGUCUUCAUCUCCCGCGCCCAGCUCAUGAACUGCCACGUCAGCGCCGGCACCCGCCACAAAGUGCUGCUCAGACGGCUGCUGGCCGCGUUCUUUGACAGGAGCACACUGGCCAACAGCUGUGGAACCGGCAUCCGCUCUUCCACCAAUGACCCCAGCCGGAAACCGCUGGACAACAGAGUUCUGCACGCCGUCAAAUUCUACUGCCAGAACUUUGCACCGAGCUUCAAGGAGAGCGAGAUGAACGCCAUCGCCGCCGACAUGUGCACCAACGCCCGGCGCGUCGUCCGCAAGAGCUGGAUCCCCAAGCUCAAGCUGCUGAUGGCCGACAGCGACGCCUACUCGGCCUUCCUGGCUGACAGCGUGAAGAUGGAGGCCGACGCGCUGGGGGUGGAGCAGGGCUUCGACCCCGCCUCCUUAGAAGCCGUUGCCAAUAACAGCGAGCCGUCGAGCGGGACCAUGCCGGCGGACGCCAUGCAGGGGGCAGGCGGAGACGGCAGCACUUUGUUUUGAGCGAUCGGACAGGUGGACCGGUCGGACUCAUUCC